AUGGGUGACCAAGAACUAAACAUUAAGCUAGUUGGAGCAGUGGAGAAGCAUGAAGCACUUUACAAUUACAAACUCCCAGACUAUGCACGGAAAGAUGUAUCGGAGAAAGCAUGGAAAGAAGUGGCCGCUGAAGUAAAUAUGACAGUGCAAGAUUGCAAAGAGAAGUGGAGAAAUCUACGAACCGUCUUUAUGAGAAGAAUGAAACCUUCCCCUACUGGUUCUGGGGGGAAGAAAAAGGCAUACUACUUGGAAAAUGCCAUGCAGUUUUGUCUGCCAUUCAUAAAAAGUUACUCCCCCCUCUCCGGGAAAUUUGCCUCCACCACCCAGCAAUACCCAGUCUACAGUUCCUGA